AUAAGAGUUCUCCAUUGGAGGCAAAGGCCAAAUAUUGAAGUUCAAACUUGAUCCAAACAGUCUUAGUAAAUUUAGUUAAUUGAUAAGAUGGUGAGCGUAAGAGUAGAUAUAGUCUCCAAAGAGAUGAUCAAACCUUCUAGCCCAACUCCAGAUCACCUUCGCUCUUACCAACUCUCCUUUCUUGAUCAAAUUUCUCCUCCACUAUUCGUCCCUUUUGUUAUGUUCUAUGACAAAGAGAAAGAUAGUACUAAUAAUUAUAAUGAUGUUGUUGAAAUAUCUACCAAGCUCAAAACAGCCAUGUCUCAUGUCCUAACUCAAUUUUAUCCCUUAGCUGGACGACUCAGCGAGGCUACUGCUUCCGUUGAUUGCAAUGACAUGGGAAUCCCUUUCUUUGAAGCCAAAGUAAGUUGUCAAUUAUCUGAGUUCUUAGCUCAAAACCCCAUUCUACCUAUUGAGCUCAACAAGUUCAUCCCAUUCAAACCUGAUUAUGAAGAAGUGUCCCAUCUACCUUUAGGCAUCCAACUCAACAUCUUCAAGUGUGGCUCUAUUGCUAUUGGUUCAUGCAUAUCUCAUAAAUUUGUAGAUGGCAUAUCAUAUUUUAUGUUCCUCAAUAGAUGGACAGCAAUUGCUCGAGGAGAUCAAGAUCAACAACUGAGAUUCGAAGCAGCCUCACUCUUUCCUCCUAUGAAUUUAUCACAGUACAACUCUAAAACUGGCUUUGUAAACAAAAAUAGCAUGAGUUUUACAUCUAAAAGAUUUGUCUUCAAGGCCUCUAGUAUCAAAGAUCUUAAACAAAGAUAUGUUGUGGACAAUAAAAGUGUUUCUCGUGUGGAGGCUUUGUCAGCUUUCAUAUGGAACCGUUUUGUUGCUGUUGAUGAUUUAUCCAAGAAAACUAAUAAUUAUGUGAUGAGUUAUCCAAUGAAUCUUCGAAACAGGUUUGAUCCUCCACUCUUAGACUGUUCAUUUGGAAAUAUUUUCAGACUUGUAAUGUUUGAUGUUGAUGUAUCCGAAGAUAAUGAGUGUGAGAUUUUUAUAAGAAAGCUUAGAGAAGAAUUUAGUCACAUUGAUGGCAAGUAUUUGAAAAUGCUACAGCAACAAGAGGGAAUGGUGAAACACUUGGAUUUUAUUAAGAAGAUGACUAAUGAAAAGACUCUUUUUAGUUUCAGUAGUUGGUGCAGAUUUCCUUUGUAUGAAUCAGAUUUUGGUUGGGGAAAGCCUGUUUGGGUUGGCGUGCCUCCCUUUCCAUCCAAUAAUUUGGUCGUGUUAAUGGAUUCGAAAUCAGGUGAUGGUGGAAUAGAAGCCUUUAUCAACUUAGACAAAAAUGUCAUGGAUAAACUUGAAUCGGAUGAAGAGUUUCUGGCAUUUGUGUCUGUUUGAUAUUAUAAUUAUUAUUAUUAUUAUUAUUAUUAUUAUUAUUAUUAUUAUUAUUAUUAUUAUUAUUAUUAUUAUUAUUAUUAUGUUAGUUAUGUUUUAAUUUAUUAUUCUAAGUGAUUAAUUAUUGUGCCUAAUUUUAUACUUUUGAUAUAAUAAAUUAUUGGUCAUAAUUAAUUAGCUA